CAAAACGUCACCCAUCCGUUCGCAAACGCACUUGAAUUUUUAUUUCAAAUUACGCCCGUAAUUAUUAUCGUGCUUUCAGUGUUUUUCGUAAUGUGGUGAAAUGAAAAAUACACGCUAAUUAUAGUUAUAAAUAUGUUUUUAUGACAUCUUUUUACUAAAAGGAGACGAGAUGUCGAAGGCUGUAAUUAUACCAGAGUGUGCUAAGGAUAUCAAGGGUAUGAAAGAUGAGAUAUCCAUCUCGCCAACAGAGAAGAAAGAUGGGGCUAUGGGCCUGUUCAGUCGCUUGUUGAGGUUUGAUUCGCUCAAAAGGAACAGUACCCCGGAAAGUCCUACGGCUACAGAGCCUCUGACUACUUACUACGGUGUCUAUAUUCCCUGUGAAAUCAAAAAGGGGCCCGAUGAAGAAGCAUUGCACGUGUACAAGAACAAGUCAGAAGCGUUGGAGCUGGUCCGGCGCUACAAGCUGGCGAGGUUCAAGGCCUUCAACAACCGUCAGGAUGCCGUCUCCUUUGCGCUUAGGGGUGCCGAGCCAGUGGACACACACGAUGGAAAUGAUAACUCUCUCAUGGGAGAGAAGCCGUACCCAUUCAAAGCGCCGUCUCCCCAAGAUAUGGUGGUGCUCCGCAAGUCCAUAGAGCAAGGACUGACGGCCACAGUCAGGGAUCGAGUGUGGGACAACCCGCGCUUCCUCGUCAGCAGUGGGAACACGCCGACUAUCAUGCAGGAAGGGUCGCGCUACAACGCCCUACACGUGGCAGCCAAAGCUAUGAACGCUGAGCUCUGCAACCUGAUUCUGACCACCGUGGGGAAUCCUUGCUUCGUGCAGGCUUUAUAUGGCUCGGAUGCUGACAUAGAGUCUUGUAAGGAAUUCGCAUCAAUACUAGUGGACAGAUACCUCAACACCCCCGACAAGCCUUUGAACGAGACGCCUCUCCACUUCGCGGUCAAAUUCGGCGCCGAAGCGGCCGUGGACGUCCUCACAUCCUUUCCUCAGUGCAACCUCGCUGCGGUGAACAAGUUUGGCGAACAGCCUAAAGAUAUAAUCUGCAAGCGAGCGGCAAACAGUACGCCGGAGACGGUCCAUCGCAUCGCGAGCAUGCUCCAGGAGCGCUACUACGUGCCCGUGUUGCACGCCGAGGACGGCAGCGGAGCGCCGACCAUCGGCCGCCCCUUCACGCCCGCGCUGCCGCCCGAAAUAAACCAAGACCCACUCAGUCCCCGGUACGAGAUACGUGCCUUCGCCGGGCCUAUGGACGCGGGCGGUGCGGAAAGUUUCCGCCGGCGGUGGAAGACGCCGCCAAGACAACGGGCAGCCAUCGCACCCCCGGCUUUUAGGCUGCAAGAGAUGUCUAAGGGCUUGGAGACUGUGGGCAGGGACCUAGCGGAAAAAAUGAAAGUAGGUUGGAAAGAGUACUGGCCGUUCCUCGAUACCUUCACGGACCUAAGAACUCCUGAAGGUCUCGCUCUCCUCGAGAAUUACCUCAAGGGGAAAUACGACAGCGCCUGUUCUUUCGCCUAUAACGACAGCUGUGCGCAGUCCCAACAACCCCCAGACGAAUUAUCCCUCUCCAGAAUAAGCCUCUCCGACACCUCACAACUCACCCCCAUGAAAGACCCCCUAAGCCCCAUGACAGAACUCUGUGUCGCCAUGAAAACCUGCAAAAUAACCGACCGACCGCCCCACUGGAGGAAAACAGACCCCAUUCGACAAAGGCUGUGCAGGCAGCCCAAUGCAAAACCUAUAUUGACAAAUGGAGAUACCCCACCAAUAGUAAAUCACACUGUCAGCCAACUCCUCUGCAUAGAAAGGACGUGUCAAGUCUUCGCUAAAAGAAUAGCGGACGCUUUAGUAUUCUCAUUGACCGCGGAACCCGAAGUCGCCGGGGACUCCCUGAAAUCAGAAGCAAAACACCUCCAACACACGAUGUUCACAUACAUGGACGAUGAGAGAUUCCAAAAGAUUGACUUCGCGUUAAUACACUCUCGAUUAGCUCAACUAGUUGUGUUCAAAUUGAAGCAGCAAACUCAAGAUCUGGACGACAUAAACACGUUAGUUGAGUUUUUGAUAAAACUGAGGUGUCCUAACGACGACAUAUUUAGUUCUGACGACGAGCGCAAGCCCGCUAUGUACAGAGGGACCAAUAGAGUCAAAUUGACGCACGUGAUCGAUUGUCACGUUAGAUGUUUAGCUAGUUUUAUAUGCGAGGAGUUGACGGAAAAUGAUCUGAUAAAGGGCCCGGCGAUAUCGGAAACUGAAUGUUUAGAUAUAUGGCAGAAAGCCUCGAAGUGCAGGUGCGAAUGGAAGAUCGAGGUGUUCGAGAGAAAUAGCAAAAAGAACGCGUCGUUCAGAAAGAAUAGAUCAAUUUUGUCGACGAGCCCGAAGGGUGAAAGCUUUAUUAGAAGACUGACGUUCGACCAUGAUAUUGGUGACGGCAAGCUUCAACACAACGAGACUGAGAAGCCGGUGUCGGUGAACUCACCGGCCGGCGACAGCGGAAGCGCGUUAUACACGCUAGAUGUCGCCAAGUGCCAAGUGGUCGAGGCAGAGAUAUCAGAAGACGAGUCCGGCGGAUCGUGCCACUCGGAGGGCGAGGAGGCCUACCUGACGGCCUCCGAGCACUCCGAACGUGAGCCCGAAGCCGAACGCAUGGAGGAGGCCAGCGAUAGGGCCGUCGCUGAGCCCUUCAUAUACGGGGAGGAGCCAACGAAGAUGGACCGUUUAGUGUUUGACGCAGUGUCACAAUGUGACAUCCGGCCCGAGCAGCUGCCUAACGUGUAUCGCUGGAGACACACUGUCUCGCUCUACACGCCCGCUGAGAGAAACAGCUGGCAGCCAGCACCUAUGGGAGACGACAGCGUGUCAUCCUGCGCGUCCUGGAGCAUCCCCAUCAGUCCGCUGGCGCGCGUCCGUCCGCGUCCGCGGCUGUCGCCCGCGCGCGCCUCCACGCCCAAUAAGGAUCCUUGCAAGGACGACAGCUCGUCCUCGAGAGCUGUGCCUCUGCAGGUGUCGACAUGGCUGCGCGUGACGGGCCCCAACUCGCCGCGGUCCGCGCUGGCGGCCAAGAGCCUCGGACACAACGUCAGCUUCGGCUUCUAAUCGUAACCUCCUCUAUCUACAAUACUAUGUAACCGUCGUUUGAACGCGUCAUCACAUUGUAGCACUUUUCCCAACCGCUGACGAGUAAAAGAUCUAGCUAUU